CGGUUCAGUUUAUGUAGGGAGGGGACAGUAGGAAAAAGGGUGUCAGCAAGAGAACCAGCAGAAAUUAGCUAUUUACCUGUUACAUAGGUGGAUCUGAGGUUUCAAUACCUCCUGUGAAUAAUCCUCGCAGACUUGUUUUGUUGCUUUCAGCAGGCUGCUUGCUUGAUUUGGAUAAAAAAAAAGGAUGCCUAUGCCUAAUUACUGAAGACAUUUCUUUGUACAAAGGCUCAUAAGACACAUUAUUACGGACACCAUGAAGAAGGGGACCCUGAACAAGCUUUUUGGGAAGAAAAAUGCCAAUAACAACUCGCUGUAUGCAGAAAAUCCACCAUGGAUGCUUCCCCAGGGAAAUAUGAAAAGCUCAGCUGACUAUCAUGAUAUGCCAUCGUCAUAUUCAUUUUUAGAUGAUUCUGGAAGUGCAACUUUGAAAGCUCGCCCUGGGCCUCGAAUUAGACCUCUGCUUCCAGUCUCUACAAAUAGCAUGGCAGUGCCCACACCUUCUGUACCAGAGGUAUUUGUUGAACAUCAUCCAAUUGAGAAUGGAUUAAAUCUAAAUGGGCACUACAGAAUGUACAGCUCUAUAGGAGAUCUGAGGGGAAAUAUGCAUUAUGAUGAUUAUCCUGAAGAAAUACCCGCACCUCCAUCUAUGCCGCCACCACCACCUCCUAACAUGCCACCCCCUGAUCCACCUCAUGAAAGCCCACUUUCACCUUCAGAGUCUUGUCCUGGGACCCCUAGUCCACCAGACCUAAUACCACCCACACCCAACUCCACUGCACUUUCAGUGCCCAAUUUUGUUCCUCCACCUCCUCCAUUACUCAGUAACCAGCAAUUACAGAGUGCAUCGAAAUGGAAAUCUGAAACUGUUCUGAAUAAUCUGCCCAAUGAUCUACCAGUGGGUUUACCAAACAGAAUCUCCUUAAAUCCUUCCAUUUUUCAACCAAGCCACGGACAAACAAAUUCCAAUAUGGAUCCCAAUUCCAGUUUGCCAAGAUUAUUCAAAGUACCACCUCCUGCCCCAACAAGGACAUCAUCAAUACAACUGCAAGAAUAUAUUGACCAGCAGACUGAUAAUACUAGAUAUACUAAAGAUCCUCCACCAUCUCCAAUGCAAUCAAGUUUUAAUCCAACUAUGCAGGCCAAACUUUUUUCAACAGGCCGGGAACAGUCUUCAUUAAAUGAUAUACUAAACAAAAGAAAAUCUAUGAUCAUAAUGGAUACACCAAGUGAAGCCAAAAGUAUGGAGACCAGUCACACAAUUGAAAUUGCUAGUGCUAUUAAUACAAAUACAGAAAGCUAUGGUUUAACAGAUCUAAAAGCUAAAAUGGAUGUUUCACUGCCAGGAAAAACUGAGAGUGGCAACAACAAAGUUAAUUCAAAUAGUGCUGACCAAGAAAAUACAGCAUUAAAUACCUCUAAGGAGCAUUGUUUCAGAGAAAAUCCUGAGAAACAAACCAGUAAGGUCAGGCAAAUUAACAAUGACUUUGCAUCAACAAUGUCAGGGAAAAAUAGUGUUAAGGAAGGGUCCAAAGCAUUCGAGGAUAGGACAGCAUUGAAAAAAGACAGCUAUGUAUCAGAGAUGUCAAAAAGCUCAAAGCCCACUGUUAACAUUAUUUCACUUAAACUUAUAUUAGGAGAAAAUCAAAAACUAUUUAAUACCAAUCCACAUUCUAAAAAAGAUGAGGAUAUACAGAAGCCGUUAGAUGCCAUGGCAGGUGGAUCAAAUACAGAACCAGUAAAAGUGAUUAAAACUCCUCUAUCCCCACCUCCAGUGGCCCCUCCACCUCCUCCAAUUGUAGUGCCAUCAAAUCCACCAUCAGUUCCACCAGCUCCACCUCUCCCUGCAGCACUCACAACAGCACCCAUUUCUCUAACAACAAGUUCACCACUAUUACUAUCAAAGAAGGCAUCUGCCACAAAUCUCCAUCCUCCACCACCUCCUCCACCCCCUCCCCCAGCUCCCCAGCCAACAGGCUCUCAAUCAUCACCGAAAGCUGCAACUCUCAGUGCUUCACCAGUAUUGCCAUCAAUGGCUCCACCACAGCCACCAAAAGCACCUCCAGCACCUCCACCUUUGCCUCCAUUUGCUACUUCAUCUGUUCAAAUAUCACCAUCAACACCACCCAAGAUCUUGCAUAUAAAAGAUGAUACUUUUAAAGAGAUUCACAGUAAACAUAUAUCUGCUGAAACCAGACAUACUCAGCCAUCUUUUAUAAAUACCGAUAAUGAUCAAAAAAUCAAUGUUGGAAAAAUCAAACAGGAGCUUGAAGCUUUACUGUCCUCUCCCGUAAAAGAAGACUUAAAAGUGGGAAGUCUUAAACAAUUUCAGCAUGGUCCAGAAAGUCCAAAAAAGACACCUAAUGAUAAAGUAGCUUCACUAAGAGGUGGAGAAAACACAUUAGUUAAUUCAUUAAUGAUGAAAGUUCCACUCCUUCCUAAACAGCCAGUUGUAGAGGAUACUGAUACUGAUACAUCUGAAUGGCUUCCAAAGAAUAACAUGACUGAUAUUAAAAUUCCAGAGCCUGAUUAUUUGCCUGCAUCUAGUCAACCAAUUUAUAACUAUAAACAGCCUGCAUCAUAUACCAUGACCAAGAAAAUAACAGUAGAAUCCGCUCCACAUCCCAUGACCGAGGAGAUAACAGUAGAAUCAGCUCCACAUUCCAUAACCAAGGAGAUAAUAGUAGAAUUAACUCCACAUCCCAUGAUCAAGGAGAUAACAGUAGAAUCAGCUCCAUUACCAACAAAAUCAUCAGAUGAAUUGAAUACUGGUGAAACUCUGAUUCCAUCAUAUAAGCCACAUCAUGCAAGAAGGGUCUCUGCUGGAAGUUGGACCACAGUACCUGUCUCAUCAGUGCCAUCUAAGUCAGAGCCAGUUUUGAGUUUAAAAGCAGACACUGAUCAAGAGCCUAAGGAAGCUUCACCUCCUCUAGCAUCUUUAGUUAAGUCAACAUUAUCCCUGAGAGAAAAUGAAAGUGCAUUCAAUCACCCAGUUACUGGGGAGAAGGUUGAUGAAUGCUCUCCAAUGGCAUUGCUCAUGGCAGCAAAGAAACGUGCACAAAAAGGAUCACGUUCUAUUGAACGCAGUAAUCUGCCUAAAGUUUCUGUUUCUAAUGGAGUUGUGUUAAGUUCAUUAACUUCUCAUAACAGUGAUAUAAAUAAUCCUAAAACAUUUGUUGUUGUGCCCAGGGAUGAGACCACACAACAAGCUCUACUAAAGGGUAGCUCAAGUUACUUAAAUGACUCUGGUACUGUCUCAUUUUUAGGCAGCAGUACAGAUAAAUAUGAAAACAAUUUAGAGUGGAUUGAUCAAGGUCAACCAAAGCCUACUGUGAGCAUUCAAAUGUUUGACUCUCAGCAUCCCAGUGAAGACAACACUAGAAGGUGGAGUAUACUUAAUUCCAGUAGUACAAACAAGAUACAGGACUCUUUAAGUCCACAAAUCAAGGUCAUUCACCCUAUUGCUAAAAAUAAUAUAUCUCCAAAAGUAGAGAAAUUUAAUAUAUCUUCAUUCCCUUCAUCUAGUCCCGUUUUGGGGACAAAUGAUGAGAUGGGAUAUAAAAUGAUUCCACCUCCUGCACAGUUUAUGAAUAAUCCAACUGUGCCAAACAUGAGCAUUCAUAAUACAGAGCAAAAAGAAAGGUCUUUCAUUUAUGGCAAUAAUAUUAUAUCUGAUUAUAGUAAGCCCUCCUAUGAGCAAAACUAUAAAUCAAAUCAGACCAUCAUUUCCCAGACAAUAAACAGCAGGGACAGAUACUUGGAUGAUCAUUCCAUCACUGGACUUUCUAGAGAUUCACACAAAGGUUCUCUUAUUAAGAAAAGACUGUACAUGCCUGAGCCAGAGACUUCAAUAAACUAUGGGAAAACAAGUACGUUAAGGUCUGCAGCUUUGCCGACACCAUAUAGCCAUAGGCUGCCCCAGACCAGUCCAACCAUGGUUUUUGAUCCUCGGCGUACCAACUCUACAACAAGGUACCUUGCGCAAGGAAGGAGAGUGUCCACAGAAAAUCUCAUCAGGGCAGUACCUUCUCAAAGUGAUAUGAAAUACAACGCCCAAAAUCCUGAGUAUCCAGCUUCUAGACCAAGCAGACCUCAAACUUCCUACCAAGGUUUGACCUUCAGUGUGAGACCCGGCACUAGACAGCCUAUUUCAAAUACCUACCAAGGAGGAUACCUGUGAGGCCUCUGACUGCUGAACUUCUCAACCACCUUUUAGUAGAUAGAUCGAACAUUUCCCUGGUGGAAGUGCAACCAUUAACCAUACCACGUUGACUUGAUGUUGACAUUGGGUCACCCAAACCAAAUCUCCCUUAAGGAACACUGAAAUAAUCUUAUUUGGUCCUUUUUCUUGAUGUUGUCUGCUUUACAGACCUACCCUAGCUGAGUGGUAGGUGACAAUUACCUGCUAAAGCAUUGCUGCUGUUGUAUAGGUUAGUUUUCAUACACACCAAGGGGCAGAUUUACUAAGCUCGAGUGAAUAAUUCGAAUGUUCGAAGUAUUUUUUUGGUUACUUCGACCAUUGAAUUGGUCAAGUUCGAUCAAAUU